AUGUGCAUCUUCGAAGACCUUUCCGCCUCGCAGCCUGCUAUCAAGCCGGUGGUGAUCGAGUACGAGGUGCGCGUGUGCAAGCAAGAGGAGUACAUCGCCCAAUCGUCGAGCGAGAAGCACUGCAGUCCCCCCGCAUACGAAGCCAAGCCACGUUCGAUUGUGACCGUUAGCGCGCCCCGUCCUAACGGCAGCAUUCUCAGCCGCAUCUUCGGCCGCAGCUCCAAGAAGUCCGCUGCUGCUCGAACUGUACAGGGGCUGCCGAGCUACCGCGAGGCCGAGCUGAUGGAAGCCUGGGCUAAAGUCGGCAUUGAUGUCAACGACCGCAAGCAUGGGCCUUGUCCUCAGUGCACGCCUGACGAGCUGCUGAGUGCUAUGGAUGGGCUGUUUGGCGCUCGCACUGACGCUAAAGCUGCUUGA